GUCCAUCGUUGACUGGUGACCAUACUGAGGUGUUUGUCGACAAGGAUGUCAUGACGAACGCCUUCGAUGGUGAGAAUCGCGAGCAUGAGAUGACAACAUGGCAGGCUGUCAAGACCUAUCCUUGGGCUUGCUUCUGGGCAUGUCUCUUUUGCUUCACCAUUGUAAGACCAGAUCCAGAUGCUUACAUCCCGAGUCUCGGACUGACGGCCACCAGGNUUAUGGAAUCAUUUCACAUGUUCAUUAAUGGUAACUUUGUUGCACAAAAGGCCUUCCAAAGACGCUAUGGCGUUUCGCAUGGAGAAGGAUAUGUUAUCCCGACCAAGUGGCAGAGUUCGCUCUUCCAAGCCGGCCAAUGCGGUGCCUUUAUCGGUGUCCUUAUUGCUGGACCCAUCACCAACCGUCUUGGUUACCGCUUGACCACCGUUUUUGGACCGGUCCUUAUGAUACUCACCAUCUUCGUGUCAUUCUUUGCAAACUCGUUGGAACUCCUCGUGGUCGGACAAGCAUUGGAAGAUGUUCCUUGGGGCCUUUUCAUUGCAAACUCUCCCGCCUACGCCUCUGAGGUUGUCCCUCUUGCUCUCAGAGCUCUUUGUGCAGCUACUUUGCAGAUGUCAUGGAUGGUUGGUGGCAUCGUCGUCGCUGCUGCCACUUAUGCUUAUAACGGUCGUGACGACCAAUGGGCUUGGCGAGUGCCUCGAGCUCUACAUACUGUAUCCUGCCCGCAUCUAACGCAACAACUGAACAUUCAAGNNGUUCCUCUGCUGGUCCUUAUUUUCUUCGCCCCUGAAUCUCCUUGGUGGCUUGUCCGUCGAGGACGGAGGGAAGAAGCUCUUCGCUCGAUUGAACGCCUUGGUAACAAAUCGAUCGGCUCGNAAGAAACUCUUGCCAUGAUUGAGAAAACCGUGGAGAUUGAAGAACAUAAUGGUGGUUCACCUGGUUUCCUUGAUCUUUUCAAGGGUACCGACCCGAGACGUACAAGCAUCACCUGUCUCAUCUAUGCCUCUCAAAAUUUUGCUGGUAACCUUAUUGCCAACCAGGCCACUUUCUUUNUUGAGCAAGCCGGCAUGUCGCCCGAAUUUUCCUUCAAGCUCAAUUUGAUCAACAAUUGUCUCGGUCUAGUCGCCAACAUUAUGUCCUGGUUCCUGACCAGCUGGUUCGGUCGACGCACCAUCUACCUCUGUGGAACAGCCUUCAAUGCCACCAUGUUAUUCAUCUUGGGCAUUUGCGCCUCGGUUCCCCAAAACACCUCUACCAAUUACGCCCAAGCCUGUCUCGGAGUCAUAAUCUCCUUUGUUUACGCUGGAACACUUGGUCCCAUUUCCUAUGCGAUCAUCUCCGAGACGUCUUCUGUACGUCUCCGUGCUCUGAGCACUGGUGUUGGCCGUGCCGCCUACUAUGUUGCCGAGAUCCCCAUGAUCUAUCUCGCUUCCCGGUUGCUCAAUCCUACAGGCUGGAACGUCGCCGGCAAGUGUGGCUAUGUUUGGGGUGGCACGGCCGUCAUCGGCGCCUACUUUGGUCUUCCCGAGCUCAAGAACCGCUCUUACCGUGAACUCGAUGUCCUCUUCCGCCGCAGGACUCCUGCUCGCAGAUUCAAGCAGACUGUCAUCGAUGUCAGAGACAACGAC